AUGGAAUUCUCUCUCGAACCCCGAUCGGACGGCCGACCGGCCUCGUACAAAGCAAUCGGUGUUUCGCUGGCCGUCGCCUCGGGUCUCUUCAUCGGAGUGUCCUUUGUCCUGAAGAAAGUCGGCCUGUUAAAAGCCAACGUCGAAUACAACGAGGAGGCCGGCGAGGGAUACGGAUACCUGAAAAAUGUCUGGUGGUGGAGCGGCAUGACGUUGAUGAUCGUGGGGGAAAUCUGCAACUUCGUGGCAUAUGCCUUUGUCGAUGCCAUCCUCGUCACCCCGUUGGGCGCCCUCUCUGUCGUCGUCACCACCAUCCUGUCGGCGAUCUUCCUCAAGGAGCGGUUGAGUUUCGUCGGCAAGGUGGGCUGUUUCACCUGUAUCCUGGGAUCCGUCGUCAUCGCCCUGAAUGCACCACAGCAGUCGUCUGUCAACAACAUCCAGGACAUGAAGCACUACGUCAUCACCCCAGGCUUCCUGUCCUACGCCGGCGUCAUCCUCGUGGGUAGUCUCAUCAUCGCCGUGUGGGCGGGCCCGCGCUAUGGGAAGAAAAGCAUGUUCGUCUACAUCAGCAUCUGCAGCACCAUCGGCGGUUUGAGUGUCGUAGCCACUCAGGGGCUGGGGGCCGCCAUCCUGGCCCAGAUCCGUGGUGAGUCCCAGUUCAAGGAGUGGUUCCUGUAUGCGUUGUUGGUAUUUGUGGUGGCGACGUUGCUGACCGAGAUUAUCUACUUGAAUAAAGCACUGAACAUCUUCAAUGCGGCCCUGGUCACCCCCACGUACUACGUCUGUUUCACUAGCGCCACCAUCAUUACCUCCGCCAUUCUCUUCCAGGGCUUUAAAGGAUCAGGCAUGCAGAUCGCCACCGUCGUCCUGGGAUUCCUGCAGAUUUGCUCCGGGGUAAUCCUACUGCAGCUCUCAAAGUCCGCCAAGGACGUGCCCGAUGGAGCCAUCUUCAAGGGCGAUCUGGAUCAGAUCCGCGAGGUAGCCACGCAGCAGGAGCCCGAGACCGAGCCCAAGGCCGACUCCAUCCGCGGCACGGCAGCCAUCAUCCGCCGGCUGUCGACGCCGCGUCGCGCGAUUGAAACGGAGGAAGUGCGUCGUUAUCUCCGCGAGCGACAGGAGGACCAGCGACCGGCUGCGACGGAGAAUGAGAUCAUUGAAUGGGAUGGCUUGCGCCGACGCAGGACCGUCCUAGGUGAGGGGCCCACGAUGACGCGGGGACGCACUCCGUCGAUGAAGAAACUGCCGCUGCCACCCUGGGGCAUGUCCCGGUUUCCCGAGGAAGAGGAGGAGCAUCAACAUCGGCAGCAACGGGGGCCGUCGUUCCUCGAUGAGAUCCGGUCCAACCAGGGCUCCUCGUGGCAACCGAUUCCAGAGGAGAACGAACCGGCGUCGUUGUUGGCCAUGUCGGGUCCUCGCCCGGUCGACACGAGUUAUGCCGGUUCCCUUCGACCGGUCGAAGUGGACGAAGGGAUUCAACUAGCGAAACGGCAGUUUUCAUUUUAUAUGUUCCCGCGCGGAAAGACCGAUGCGCCGCACAGAUCGCCGCGGAGUAUUCUGCGACACGGUUCCCAUGAGGCGAAGACGACGGAGGAGGAGCGACUGGGACUGGUGCAGGGCGAUUCCACGGUGAACCACGAACCGACGGAACUGGCGCGGACGGAGUCCAACGACAGCGCGGACGAAUUACCGUCUGGCCAUGCCUACGCCCAUCCACACGAGCAUGAUGAUUACCGACGGGGAUCAGGGGGGUCAUUGUCGUCCGGACGAAGUCGAGGAGGGGGAUGGCGAAGGGGGGCUUUUUUAUGA